AUGAGAGUGUUGGCUCGAGAAAUGGACGAGGCCCUUAGGGAAUCAAUGGAUAUUCUUAGAGAUGAACAAGCCGCUAGAACAAUUGAAGGGGAGACUAGAGUUUUAUUCCUAAAAAAAGAUUUUUUCCACUCGAAUCUUGCCAAGUUUCUUGGGGGUGCUGAACCGUUAAAGGCGGAUGAAUGGCUUGAGCAAAUUACUAAACCUUUUGAGAUUUUAGAUAUUCGAGAUGGUGAACUUCGGGUGGCGCUUGCAACAAGGGAACAUUUGCAGAGAGAGUUUGAGAAACUUGAACAAUCCGAUUCCAUAGUGGCGGAGUUUGAGGCUACUUUUAUGAGCCUAUCUCAUUUUGCACCCGACCUGUUAGGUACUGAGGAGCGUAGGUGUCUAGAGUUUGAGAAGAGACUGAGGCUGGAAAUUUUGAUGAAAAUGAUGGAAAACAUGAUCCGGGAUUAUGAUAGGUUAGUAGAGUCUGCGGCACAUGUAGAGAUUUUGCUUGAAGGCGAGGAAAAGAAGCGACGACUUAAAAGACAAGGGUUUGCCGAAUCUCGAGGGAGUUCUAUGGCAUCAAAGAAGUCGAUGAGUUCUACAUCUUCUCAUGUAUCGUCGUCGCCGAUUGCACCAUCAAAGUUCAUGCCGAGAAGGAGUACGGAUGGUACAGGACAAAAUGGGAUCACUUGUUAUCAAUGUGGUGAGAAGGGCCAUAAGCUCGCUACGUGCCCACAAAAGGGUAAUCAACAACGACAGUUUUCUACUCAUUCUCAGAAUUUGGCUUUGGGUGGAGGUCAAUCGCCCGUUUAUUAUCAAUGUGGCCAGUCGGGUCAUAUGAAGAAGUUUUGUCCCCAAUUUACCAGGAUGACUAGUGCUUCAGGGUUUCAGUCGGACAGAGCCAGAGACAGGCUCACCAGCUAG